GACACUAGUGUAGAGGAAUUGAGAGGGGGGUGUGUUCUUUUCAUCUCAAGAGCCCGGCCGCUCAGAUUGGAAACUGCAGAUGGACGCUGCCCCUGAGGCAGAAAAACCGCUGUAUCAGUUCUUCUAUGAGAAAGCCUUGAAGAGGGAGGAGGAAAAGAAAGAGAGAGAGAGAAGGGAUAAGGUGCAGGCUCACGAGGCCGUCCUUAGCACCGUGUCCGCUCUGACUGAUGAGGAGGUGGAAGAGAAAACGGUUCCCCUCCUCAGAGCCUUAGCAGGGGUCCGGGUUGCUGAGGACCAUACUGACCAAUUCGCACAGGUGUUUAAGCAACUCAAGGAGUUGCGCGAAGACAUGGCCAAGAUGGCGCAGCAGCACCGCGAUCAGCUGCAACAGUUUUCCAAUUCGCAGCAGGCUCAAAUCGUCUCUCCACUCACCUACCCUGCUUCUAAUGCUGCUUGUCAGUCCAGUUUUGCCCCUUUGACUAUGUCUACUUCUUCUCCUUCUACUUCUUCGUCUUCUUUGAGUGUGGUUAACAGCCAAAGCGGAUCUGCAGCAAGUCUAGACCCCGCUGCUACUGCAGCGGCAAGUGGUGGUGCAGGGACUUCUGGAACUGUUGCAGUCCUGAGUCCGGACCCAACAAUGGUUGGACCAGGCGGCAGCUUUGCUUACAUCGACAGGAAGGCGGCGCAGAUUCCGCCCAAGUAUGACGGAAAGGACAACGUCGAGUCUUGGAUUAGCUCUAUGCGGUCCUACUUUGAUGUAUUGGGGACACCCCCGUCCACUCAGUCGUCUAUCCUGGGGACCAAUAUGGAGCCCGUCGUGCGGGGUUUUCUGGAAACCCAAACUGUCCAAUCAGGCUACAAGAGAAUAGACCUGAACAAAUGGCCGAAGGCUACGCCUACUACCGCACUUGAGGAUCUCUUGAUCAAACAAUAUGCUGAUCCACAUGCUGCAGCUAAAGCAAGACUCAAGCUUGACAAGCUCAAGCACAACAAGUGGACCGGCAUCAUGCACAGCCUGCAACAGUAUGUUAGUAAGCUCUUUGCUACUCCGGGUUUGGAGAUGACUACGCAGUCCUGUCUGGAUGUGAUAAAAGGUACGGUCCCCUCUACUCUAAAAGAUCGCCUAGGGCUCGGGCUCAGCGGAUAUACAGAUUGGCUUACCCUCAUGCGAGACUUAGUCAAGCUGGAGGCACAAGACCUCYCGGGUGGAUCRAGYGGCAAAAAGGCCACCAGCCGCAAACGGUUUCCAGGCAGCAACCGUUUUGCAGCACAUGAUCUGCUUGAGGCUGACGAGGAGACCCUCGUGGAUGAAUCUUCUCUUGAUGACGAUCAAGAGCAAGACUGCGGGGUUUCUUGCUCUUUGUCCGCCCAUGAGUCUGAGUACGUAAAUGACGAAGAAUCUAUGAAUGCCUUUAAAAAGACUAUCUUUAAAAGUGGGUGCAAGGUCUUCAACAAGAUCGACCUCAAAUCUGGUUAUCACCAGAUUGAAGUCGAACCUGCCGACCAGCACAAAACUGCAUUCAAAACUCGCGAUGGGUUGUACGAGUUUACAGUUAUGCUCUUCGGUCUCACCAAUGCACCAGCCACCUUCCAAAGUCUCAUGGACAAAGUGUUUCGCAAUCAGAUCAACCGAUUUGUUGUUGUAUAUCUGGAUGACAUUCUUAUCUUCAGCAAAUCAAUGGAGGAGCACAUGAGACACCUUGAGGAAGUGAUGCAGAUCCUCAAGGACGCGCAACUCCAUCUCAACUUGGAGAAAUCUGAGUUUGGGAGGGACAGCGUCAUCUACCUUGGACAUCGGUUGUCUGCCGCAGGCCUAGAGCCCGAGGCAACCAAGGUUGAGGUCAUCCAAAAGUGGCCCCAACCUGCGAAUGUCCGCGAGUUGCGUUCUUUUCUUGGUCUUGCGUCGUACUACCGUAAGUUUGUGCCUAAAUUUUCUAUCAUUGCCCGUCCAUUAUCUAGACUAACCAGCAAGAAUGUGUCAUACACAUGGGAUGAGGAGUGCACGACAGCCUUCGAAGCAUUAAAGGAGGCUUUGGUGAGUCAUCCGGUGCUCCGCAUUGCAGAUCCCAAGCUUACAUUCGUAGUAACUACGGAUGCAAGUUUGUAUGGAAUUGGUGCAGUGCUGCAGCAAGAUGAUGGUGAUGGUUUACGUCCGUUGGAAUACUACAGCAAACGCAUGCCCAGCCACAAGGUAGCUGCCUCCACUUACAUGAGAGAGCUCUAUGCCUUGAGAGAGGCACUAGACCAUUGAAAACACUACCUCUUGGGUCGCCAUUUCAAAGUGUUCUCGGAUCAUGAGACUUUGAAGUGGAUUCAGACACAGAUAAACCCAUCAACUACGC